AUGCCGCCUUUCGUUUCCUUGGUUGCCAAGACCAAGGAAGACAAGGCACAUUACGACUGGAUGGGAUAUACAGGCAACUUUAUCGCGCUGUGUGGACUGAUUCCGCUGCCAUUCGCCGGAUAUUGGUUGGGACGCGAAAUCUAUAUGUUCAACAACACCAUGGGCAUCAACAUGAUGGGGAGCCUCUUUUCGUGGUUGUUCAUCAUUCAGGCGGUAAUGAUUGGGGUGCUGUUCAUCGGAGCGAAUUACUAUCUCUGGUCUGGCAUGACCCGCAUCGCAGGCGCGGAGAGAUACGCCCGUUUUCGUCCCUACAUGAUCACUAUCAUUGUUCUAUCUGUCGCAAUCUGGAUGACGCCGCGCACAUUGAUCAUGACGCCCACAGAGAUGGCUGCAAUAGGCGGUCAAAAUCAUCCGCUCGUCGGAUUUUUCGGCUUGAUGACCGCGAAGAAUACGGUCGUCAAUCUCAUCAUCUUUGACCACCUUUCUCAGUUUUCUGUUUUACCGCCGAUCCGGUAA